UUUUAAUGUCAAAAUUAAUAUUACAGACGAAAAUACCAAUUAUUGAUGGAGAGGAUGGUUGCUAUGAAUCAGGAUUCAGAGAUCAUGGUUUAUAGGAUUAGUAAGAUAAAGAAGAUGUUGGUUGAGGGAAGACAAGAACGAGAAUUCUUGAUGAAGGAGUUGGAUAAAAGAGGAGAUAAAUAUAGAACCAUUCCUGUACCAGAGCCAUUCACGGAGAACGAUAGUAAACGUAAAGAAUCAGGAACAGGUGAAAAGAAACCUAAGAAAGUUAAGGUUGGUAAAGACAAGUCCUCACGCGAUCCAAAUCUACCAAAGCGUCCUCAGAACCCCUUCUUUCAGUAUUGUAAGGAGCAGAGAGAUUACAUUUCUCGGGAGAUUCAAGACAGAGACGGAAUACAACUUAGUAAGAAAGAAUUAACCAAACUUUUGGCGCAAAGAUGGAAUCUUCUUGAUCUUCAAGACAAACAGAUCUAUAAUGAACGGUUUGAGGAGGAGAGAGCUGGAUAUAAUAUUAAGAUGGAAGACUUCAGGAGAAAGAUGCAGGAGGGAUUCGUUAGCUUUGAAGAGUUUGGGAAAUCAGAGAAUACUUCAUCCAUGGACUUCAAUGAUGUAUAAAUCGGAGGAUACUACAGCCAUGGACUUCAAUACUAUUUAAAACGGAGAAUACUUCAUCCAUUGACUUCAAUGAUGUAUAAUCAGUGAAUACUUCAUCCAUUGACUUCAAUGAUGUAUAAUCAGUGAAUACUUCAUCCAUGGACUUCAAUGAUGUAUAAUCAGUGAAUACUUCAUCCAUGGACUUCAAUGAUGUAUAAUCAGUGAAUACUUCAUCCAUGGACUUCAAUGAUGUAUAAUCAGUGAAUACUUCAUCCAUGGACUUCAAUGAUGUAUAAUCAGUGAAUACUUCAUCCAUGGACUUCAAUGAUGUAUAAUCAGUGAAUACUUCAUCCAUGGACUUCAAUGAUGUAUAAUCAGUGAAUACUUCAUCCAUGGACUUCAAUGAUUUAUAAGUCAGAAAAUCCAUGGACUUAAUAAUCAGUGAUGGCUGAAGCUGGAACCAAGAUCUCGUAAUAAAAUAUAUUUAUUUAG